UUGAUCGUUUUCAUCAUUGUCGUGCCUGGGUUUAUGUAUCCACAGAUUGCAGACCCAGAGACAUUUUUCAGCAAAUUCUAAACCAACUUCCACAUACACCAACUGAAGAGGAAGCAAGAAAGAUAGGAAAAAUGAAAGAGAACGAGCUGGGGGACUUCCUAAGUGACCAUCUGAAGGAGAAAAGGUACUUGGUAGUUUUUGAUGACAUAUGGAACAGUGAAGAUUGGAAAUGUCUUGAAAAUGUGUUCCCAAAGAAGAACAAUGGCAGUAGAUUACUUCUUACAACUCGAAAUAGGGAUGUUGCUUUGCAAGCAGAUAUUCAGAGUGUCCCCUUGGAAAUGCAACUUCUCUCUGAAGCAGAGAGUUGGAAGCUGUUUUGUAGAACUGCAAUCCCCAAUAAUGUUAUUGACAAUUGUCCUCCAGAGUUAAAGGUAUUUGGGGAGAAGAUGGUGAAGAAAUGUGCUGGUUUGCCAUUGGCCAUUGUUGUAUUGGGAGGCUUGUUAUCAUCCAAAAAGCAGUUGCCGACUGUGUGGGAACAGGUGCUCAACAAGCUCCAGGUGCCCUUCUCUGAAGGCAAUGGUGUAGAUGCAAUAUUGAGCUUAAGUUUCAUCGAUUUGCCCCACAACUUGAAAUCAUGCUUUCUUUAUCUAGGCCUCUUUCCAGAAGAUUGGGUCAUCCCCAAGAGAGAAUUACUCCUUUUAUGGAUUGCAGAGGGUUUUAUUCCACAACAAGAUGAACAAAGAAUGGAGGACACUGCUGAGGAUUAUUUGAAUGAGUUAAUCAAUAGAAAUUUGAUUCAAGUAGAUGUCAUUACUACAUCUCUAGAUCAUCAUCCUUGAAUUUCCUCCUUGCCCUGUUCGUCCGACUGGCAUGAUGUAAGAAG